GGAACUUGAAUAUUGACGAUCAGAGACUCAUCUAUCCCCUUGCCCUCUCUCUCCUCCUUGUUCACGACUGUCAAAGAUGGAUCCGAAUUUUGUGCAGGGGCUGCACAAUCUAUUGCUGCAAUCCACUUCAAACGAUACCAACCAGCUUAAAGCUGCAACAGCGCAGCUUAAUACCGAAUACUACAAAAAUCCAGCAUGCAUAUCCGCACUCGCACAAAUACUCGCCAGUUCGCCUGAAAUCGCGGUUCGCCAACUGGCUGCUGUCGAGAUGCGAAAGCGUGUUUCCCAAAAGAGCGGUGAUCUAUGGAUGCAACUCCCACAAGAUGUCCGUUUGCAGAUCAAAGAACAGCUUCCUGUUUUGAUCCUUGCGGAAGAAAAUAAGCUCGUCCGACACUCUGCCGCACGUGUCAUCGCUGCUGCUGCUAGCAUCGAACUUACAGCUGGAACAUGGCCACAACUCCUUCCGUGGUUACACCAGUCAUGUACAUCAGCACAGCUCGCGCAUCGCGAGGUCGCCAUUUUCAUUUUGUUCACUGUCCUCGAAAGCAUCGUGGAAGGUUUCCAGGAGCAUCUCCAAAGUUUCUUCAAACUCUUCGAAGGUCUUUUGAAUGAUCCUGAGAGUAUUGAAGUUCGUAUAACGACUGUUCGGGCUUUGGGUGUCAUUGCCCAGUACAUUGACUCUGAUGAUAAGGCUGACAUCAAAUCCUUCCAAGCACUUCUCCCUGCUAUGAUCCGAAUUCUCGGACAAUCAAUUGAGUCUGGUGAUGAGGCUGGUGCUCGUCAACUAUUCGAUGUAUUCGAGACUCUUCUCAUCCUUGAAGUACCAAUUCUCGGCCCACAUAUUGCGGAGCUGGCAUCCUUCCUCCUUCAAGCUGGUGGGAACCGCAAUCUCGACGCUGAAAUCCGUGUUUUGGCCCUCAACGCCCUUAACUGGACCGUGCAAUACAAAAAAUCAAAAAUCCAAAGCCAGUCCCUUGCUGGCGCUAUUUUGGAGGGCCUCAUGCCUAUUACCACCGAACCCGAACCUGCAGAUUCCGAUGAUGACGCCCCUUGCCGUUCUGCUCUUCGUAUCAUCGAUGGUCUCGCCACGAACCUUCCCCCCACCCAAGUAUUCCCUCCUCUCCGAACGCUUAUCUCCCAUUAUUUCUCUUCUCCUGAUGCCAACAACCGCCGUGGUGCGAUGCUUGCGCUUGGCGUGGCUGUGGAGGGCUGCAGCGAGUUCAUGACGCCUUUGAUGAGCCACAUAUGGCCUGUUAUCGAGGCUGGUCUCCAGGACGGUGACAACUCUGUCAGGAAGGCGACCUGUAUCGCUGUAAGCUGUUUGUGCGAGUGGCUGGAGGAAGAGUGUGUUGCGAAGCACGCUGUUCUUGUUCCUGUGAUCAUGAGCCUGGUGCACGAUCCUGCGACUCAACGCUCGGCUUGCACUGCUCUUGAUGCACUGCUUGAGAUCUCGCAGGAUGUCAUUGAACAAUACCUCCAGCUUAUCAUGGAGCAACUUGCUGGUCUGCUCGACACUGCACCUAUCGCUGUCAAGACUGUGGUUACUGGAGCCCUUGGUAGUGCGGCACACGCUUCAAAAGAGAAGUUCCUCCCUUACUUCCAGCCGACCAUGAACAAGUUGCAGCACUUCCUCGUCCUCACUGGUGAAGGCGAGGAGACCGAGCUCCGCGGCAUCGCUAUGGACGCUGUUGGAACGUUCGCAGAGGCUGUUGGCGUCGACGUCUUCCGCCCAUACUUCGCGGACAUGAUGAAACAGGCGUUCCAAGGUGUUGAGAUGGGUAGCGCACGUCUUCGGGAGUGCAGUUUCUUGUUCUUCGGUGUGAUGGCUAGGGUAUUUGGCGAGGAAUUUGCGCCGUACCUACCGAGCGUUGUGCCUCCGUUGUUGCAGAGCUGCAAGCAAGCUGAGCAUGGCGAGGAUAAUGUUUCUACCUUUUCUAAUACUGAAGCUGCCGCCGCCUUUGCAUCAGGGUCGUCUCCUACCAACGCGAUCUCUGUUACGGAUGACGUCGAUGUCAAUGGGAACCUCGAACUUGAGCUCGAAGAUGUUGAUCUUGACAAGAUGCUCGAAGUCAAUAGCGCGAUCGCAGUCGAGAAGGAAAUUGCUGCAGACACGAUUGGAACGCUUUUCGCUGCCACGCGCAACCACUUCUUCCCUUUCGUCGAGCCUUGUGCUCUCGAGCUUGUCAACUUGCUCACACAUUAUUACGAGGGUAUUCGCAAGUCCGCGACGGACUCUUUGUUGGAGAUGGUCAGGACAUUCUACGAACUGAGCGGUGCGCCAGACUGGACCCCUGGGGCGACAGUGACUGUGCCUCUGGAGCAGAGCGUGAAAGAGCUCAUUGGUCACAGCUUGAAGCCCUUGCUUGAGAUGUACGAAACCGAGGAUCACAAGAGUGUCGUGGCAUCGUUAUGUCUUGGUCUUGCCGAGACUAUCAACAAGAUCGGACCUGCCUUUAUUGAAGGCCAUCUCGACGUCAUCUGCAGCAUUGCGGUACAGGUCCUUGAGCAAAAGGCACUUUGCCAACAGGACCCUGACCAGGACGAAACCGAGGAGGCACCCGAAGACCAAGCCGAAUACGAUUCAGUGCUCAUUUCCUCUGCAGGCGACUUGGUAUCUUCACUUGCAAAUGCACUGGGCAAUGACUUCGCGCAGGCAUUCGGUACCUUCUUCCCUCUUAUCUCGAAAUAUUACAAGAAGAGCCGGUCGAUGAGCGAUCGCUCUUCCGCUAUCGGUUGUCUCGCAGAGAUCAUUGCUGGCAUGAAAUCCUCUGUCACGCCCUCGACAGAACCUCUGAUGGAUCUGUUCUACCGCGCGCUCAGCGACCCAGAACCGGAGGUUCAGAGCAAUGCGUGCUUUGCCAUCGGUCUUCUCGUUGAACACUCUGAAGUCGACCUUUCGCCGCAAUAUAUGCAUGUCCUCAGCGCCCUCCGCCUGCUGUUCAACGUCUCGCCCACUGAUCCUUCAGCGAAACUCAAUGCGAAGGACAAUGCUGCUGGCGCUGUUGCCCGUCUCAUCAUCCGCAACACUGCUGCCGUCCCUCUGGAUCAGGUCCUUCCUGUGUUGAUCGGCAGUCUCCCGCUCAAGACCGACUACCUUGAAAAUCGCCCGAUUUUCCGCGCUAUCUUCCAUCUAUUCCGCACAACCCCCCAGUCGCUCUUGCCAUACAUGGACCAGCUGCUUGCCGUGUUUGCUCACGUUCUUGAUCCCAAUGGACCGGAGCAGAUUGGUGAUGAGACAGGGGCUGAGCUUAUUGCCUUGAUUGGCAUAUUGAACGCAGAAGAUCCGGGGAGAAUCCAAGCAGCGGGGCUCAGCGCCUUCACAGGAGCAUAAUCCAUUCAUAUUUCUUUUCCGUCAUGCACUUGUCUUCCUUUUCACCAAACCACAACGCUAGUACUAUCGGAUUCCAUGCUUCAGUCCCCUCCGCUUUCGUUGAUUUAGAAUACUUACAGAGUUACUUCAAAGUUCACAUGCUAUCUUCAAAAUUGCUCAUUCACAAGGGUAAUAUGGAUUUGAUAAAUGUUCACAUGACCUAGUCGCGACGCGUUGUUUUUGCGUAUUUGUUUGUUCCCUCUCUUCAAUCAAUCAUCUUUGGCCUUCCAA